CCUCAAGAUGCCCACUUUAUUGUUGCACUUUCCACUGGAGUUACUUAUCCAUACGAUGAGUCUCCUAGACGAUGGGAAGAACGAUUCGAAAAAGGACAUUAAGAAUGUACGACUUACCUGCUCUGCCCUGCACGAUGCUUCUUGGGACGCGUUUGGCCAGCGGUAUUUUGGUACUUUCCAGCUAGACUUCUCGACCAAGAAAACUGACCGUCUUUGUCGUGUUGCACACCAUGAAAAGCUGCGCUUCUCUGUCCAGAGGCUUCUACUAACCCAUGGGAGCCGGGUUGAGAACGAGGCCAGUCGAUUGAUCUGGGCCCGCGACUCGUCUGGACGGCUCGACCUGACCUCUACUCGGUUUACAGAUCUCUUCUCGCUUAUCAAGGAACGCCUGGUGAAUUGCAAAAAGGUCGAUCGACUCAGUCAUUACGAUACCAAAGCAGCUAUAUCCGAGCGAUGCUUCACGUGCACAGAUCAAUGGGCUGUUGUCUUGGGAAUGGUUGCGCUCAAUGGUGUUCCUUUCACACAUGUUGAUCUGGAAGAGGGGGUCCGAAGUUGCAAGUUGGUGACGCAUCAUUUACACUUGUCUCUGUACAGGUCGCCAACGUUCCUCCAUACGUGGGGCAAAUAUCUGACAACUCUCGUACUCGGAUGGGGUUUCUUUAGAGAAGGGGUCAGAGUGGGCCUAGACCUUAUUAUGAACGCAAGAAACCUGAAAGAACUCGACAUUGGUAAUAGAAACAUGGAGAAUCUUACAUCAAGACAGCAGUUGUAUGAAGUGCUGGGAACGCAAAACGCACCGAAAGGAUUGUUUCGCCUCGGGAUGUGUUUUCCGCCAGAAUACUUUGCGGCAAACUUGGAUGUAGCAGUGAGACUCAUGUCGCAUCCUGAUUUGCGCUACAUCCGUGUGAAAGGCUGGCUCGAACGUGAUCAAUGGGACCUGAUCUUCGAGACAACAUCAAAGCUUCUACACCUCGGUUGUAUCGAUAUCAGCCAUGCCUACGCAACGGAUAAAGGAGGAGUCAAGGGGAAAAUGGGGCAGAUAUGUUUCUGCCACAUAGACCAGGAGCAAGGUCCUUGUUCUGGCUGUCAUGGUCUGUUACGCCUCCGAGGAGCUGAGCUACGCGCUCGUUUGCCUUCAAUUGCGCAUAAUAUCUGCUACCGCCUCCGCACUAUCGAGUGUGCCGGAGGCAAGGCACAGGAAGCUAAUGCAUGAGUUCUGGUGGACACCAAGUGGAGUUUCGAAACCGAAGUAUGCUGUGUGCGACGUUUGGAGAAAGACGGUUCGGCUCGUCAACUGUGGGCCGUGAUGAUCUGACGUGGCAUGGAAGUUUAAGAUCCAGAUGGAUUAAGAUGGAAAGCAAGCAACAAAGUGUAUUGUGUACUGUUGUCGCUUUUGGGAAAUAACAGAGAGGACUGU